CACGAAAUUACGACAUAUAAAGAACACCACGUGUAUUUUUCUCAUCUCCAAAAGUAACCUCACUCUAAUAACAAAUACUGAAUAAUGGAAGAAAAUCGAAAAUCUUGUGUUAUUCUUGAAGAAUAUGGUAUACCAAAUGCUUCUGAGUAUACACAUUAUCAACCACAACAUAAUUGGAAUUUGCAUAAUUUUAAACAAGAGUUCAAAAUACAAGUUAUGAGAGAAUCUGAAGAUGAACGAGAGUUAGAAUUUGAUUUAAUAGGUUAUCCUGUUGUCUUUGCUAAUGCAUUUCGCAGAGUUCUUUUAAGUGAAGUACCAACCAUGGCUAUAGAAAAAGUUUAUAUUGUAAAUAAUACAAGUUUGUUUCAAGAUGAAAUAUUAGCUCAUAGGUUGGGUUUAAUACCACUUCAAGCUGAUCCAAGAUUAUUUGAGUAUCCUUCCACUGCUGCUAAAGAUGAAGAUGAAGUUAGUGAUCAAGAUACAUUAAGAUAUGAACUUAAAGUAUCAUGUACAUGGAAUCCUCAAGUACCUAAAGAUUCACGAAGAACAAAUGAUAUGUAUAGAAAUUGCAAUGUGUAUAGUAGAGAUAUUAAAUGGGUUCCUAUUGGACGUCAAGCAGAAUUAUAUCCUCGAGGAGCAGAGCAAUUAGGUGUUUUGGAAAAUGAUAUCUUAAUAUGUAAAAUGCGCCCUGGCCAAGAAAUUCAUGCUUUUAUGCAUGCAGUUAAAGGAAUUGGGAAAGAUCAUGCUAAAUUUUCUCCUGUAGCUACAGCAUCAUACAGACUGUUACCUGAUAUACAAUUAAUAAAACCUGUUAUGGGAGAAAUGGCAGAUCGUUUAAAAAGUUGUUUUAGUAUUGGUGUCAUAGAAAUAAUUGAAAAUAAGCCAGGUGAUCCAGAUUCUCGUGAAGCAAGGGUUAAAAAUCCUCGCUACGACAGCUGUUCUAGAAAUGUGUUUCAACAUGAAGAUCUUAAAGGAUGUGUAAGAUUAAGUAGAGUUCGAAAUUACAUUAUUUUUACUAUUGAAUCAGUGGGAACACUGUCACCAUCUGUACUGUUUGUAGAAGCCAUUAAAAUACUUAAGGGAAAGUGUAAAACAUUUUUAGAAGAACUUGAAAAUAUUGGAAAGUGA